AUGUCGCUUUUCUGUGAUGACCAUGUCCAUUCCAAGAAAUCUUUUGCUAUCUAUCUAUCUAUCUAUCUAUCUAUCUAUCUAUCUAUCUAUCUAUCAAUCUAUCACACCAAGAGAGCACUAAAAACAUCUGUUGUGAUCUAUCUAUCUAUCUAUCUAUCUAUCUAUCUAUCUAUCUAUCUAUCUAUCUAUCUAUCUCUUUCAGUCUGUUCAUUAUCUAUCUGUUUAUCUCAGUAUGCCAAUUAUCUAUUUGUCAAUCUAUCUCACUAUGGUUAUUGUCUGUCUGUCUGUCUGUCUGUCUAUCUAUCUAUCUAUCUAUCUAUCUAUCUAUCUAAGUCUGUUCAUUAUCUAUCUGUUUAUCUCAGUAUGUCAAUUAUCAAUCUAUUUAUCAAUCUAUCUCUGUAUGGUUACUAUCUAUCUAUCUAUCUAUCUAUCUAUCUAUCUAUCUAUCUAUCUAUCUAUCUCCCGGAUGGUAUUGUAGGGAUCGACAUGUGA